CGUUAAGAAGAAUCCGGUGGCAGUCUUGAUAGAAAAGGACUAUAGUGAAGCAUUAGAGAAGAAAAGGAAGAUAAUUAAAUGGUUAAGAAAGGCUGCAUUAAAAGGGGGAAGGAUUACCCAGAGAGGUUCAAGAUAAUGAAGGUAGGAACCGAUGACUUCCUUCUGUCGGCUGAGAGGGAUUUCAUAUGUGAAUUAUGUCAGAAGUACAGUGGUGCCUUUUCCUUUAAUGAUGAGGAGAGGGGACGACUGGACGUUGACAUGAUCAAGAUGGUUAAGAUCUGGACCGUUCCUCACACGCCUUGGAAUGAUAGACCCACUAAGUAUGCUCAAAAGGAAGAAAAGGAGGUAAUGAAGUACAUAAACCAGAAGAUUGCCUCCAACAUUGCAGAACCAGCGGAUGAUGCUUAUGCCAAUCACUGGUUUUGUUUCUGGAAGCCAGGAGGAGGUAUGCGCUGGAUACAAAACUUGCAAAAGUUGAAUUCGAUAACAGUUCGCGAUGCGGGUAGCCUACCCAACGUGGAUCUAUUGGAUGAGUCUUUUGCCGGAAGGAGCAUCUACUCCCUAAUAGACUUGUACGCUGGCUAUGACCAGUUCCCCAUAGAUCCUACUAGUCGACCUAUGACCGCCAUGCACACACCUAGGGGCCUCAUACAAAUGUGUGUGAUGCCUCAAGGGUGGACGAAUGGGGUCGCGGUCGUCCAGCGAGACAUGCUGAAAGUCAUGGAGGACAUAUGCCCGGAGGUCACGUUCCCAUACAUCGAUGACAAUCCUGUUAAAGGACCGAAGGAAAAGGAUAAGACCAUAGUGGAUGGUCGAGUUAGGCGGUUUGUGUGGGAACAUGCUCAGGGAGUGGCGAAAGUACUAGAAAGAUUGUUUAAGUACAAUCUAACAGCUAGUGGACCGAAAUCACUACUGUUCCAAAGAGAGGUAACGAUCUUGGGUUUCAGGUGCUUCCUAAAAGGGAGAAGCCCCGAUCCUAAAAAGGUUGAUAAAAUCCUGAAUUGGCCUAUGCCUCUAAGGACGGUUGGGGAAGUGAGGAGCCUCUUAGGGGUCUGCAGCUUCUGGCGGAUCUUCAUUCCCGGGUUUGUCAGGGUAGCCGAGCCCCUUAGAGAGAUGGUGCGACAAGGAGCUAGCUUAGGGUGGUCUGACCAAAGAAAGAAGGUUGCGCGGACGCUUCAAGAUAAGUUAAGAGAUGGCGGGGUCGUACUAGGAGUACCCUACUUCGACGAUGAAAGGGAGAGGCCCUUCAUCAUUGAAGCCGACGACGGCCCGAUAGCAUUAGGAGGAGUGCUUGUGCAGCGAGACGAGAAUGGUAAAGAGAGAUCACUUAGAUUUGAGAGUCGCACUCUUAACUCGGUUGAGAGAGGCUAUAUUCAGUUCAGGAAGGAGCAUCUGGCAAUCCUGCACUGUCUCAGGGUGUUUAGACACUAUAUUAUGGGACGAAGAUUCAUCUUAAGGACGGAUUCCACGGCAGUAAUUGGGGCUGUUAAGAGACAUCAGCAAGUAGAUGCUACGGUCAGUAGGUGGAUAGCUCAUAUAUUGACGUAUGAUUUUAUAUCAGAAAAGGUACCUACUGAUAAGAAUCGAGUUGAUGGGCUAGGUCGCGUGGAAUGGGGAUCGAUAGAUGAUGAAUCUCUUGAGGAGGCACCCUUCGUUGACGAAUUCCUUAUGGGGGACGAUGAUGAAGGGUUACCUCUUGCUCCCAAUUGUUAUACGACAUCAGUCAUGGCCACCAGUAGAGAAGACUGUUGGGGUGAAAAGGAAGAUCCCUACCUCCACUACCUUUUGAUUCAAGAGGAUAAGGAAGAAGGGUGGUAUGGGAUGGUAGAACAAGCCGCUAUUGCAGCUCAUGAGCUGGCUGAGAGUUCAAGGGUGGCUGAGCGUCGAUUAAACGAGAUAGAGGAUGAGUCAGAAGAUUUAGAACGGAGUAAGGACGAUGAGGGAAGGUUUAGAGCGGAAGAAUAUGAUGGAGAAUAUAAGAGGAUUGGUAUGGUAAUGAGCAGUAAUCAGUUGGACGAGUUCUACCAUGAGAGGACAAAGAGGACCUUUAGGCUACGAAGGGGUCACCUCUUUGUAGAUGCUAAGGAAGGACUACCGCCGCUGAGAGUGGUGUGUGGUAGAGAAAGGCAACUAGAGGUGAUCGCCGCUCUGCAUGAAGGUCUAGCAGGGGGUCAUAGGGGUGCUGAUGCUACGUACUAUAAAGUAUCUCGACUAUAUCACUGGGAUGGUUUGAGGGAUAUGGUUAUGAGAUAUUGUAAGUCAUGUGAAGCCUGUCAGAAAAUAUCAUCUAUGAGACUGAUUGAAUCCCUAUACCCCACUGUUCUUGUUGAGCCUGGUAGUACUGUUCACCUUGAUCUAAUUACUAUGCCACCUGGUAAGGAUGAAAUGAAAUAUAUACUAAAUAUGAGAGAUAAUAUGUCUGGUUAUGUUGAAGCAAAAGCCAUCCGUAAGAAAACAGCAAAAACAGUGGCAGAUUGGAUUGAGGAAAUCUACCUAAGGUACAUCUUCAUACGUGAGUUUGUGGCUGAUCAGGGAUCGGAAUUCAAGAACGAGAUGGUCAGAAAGCUUAUGUUUAGACUUGGAGUCAGAGUCAGAUUUGUGACACCAUAUCAUUUUCAGGCUAAUGCACCAGUGGAAAGAGGUCACAUGACUCUAAGGGAUGCUAUAUCAAAAUGGUGCCGAGGUGACUCCAGAAGCUGGCCAUCCUUCUUGAGAGCGGCUGUUUAUGCUUAAAAUGUGACUGUCAAACGGACUACAGGUUAUGCACCUGUUACACUCU